AUGUCGUUCCUCCCCUCCAUCCGUGCCACCUCCCGUCAAGCUAUCCGAACCAACUUCGCGCCAGUUGCCACAUUCCGCUCUUCAGCAAUCCGAACCUUGAAAGAGGAUGAUACAAACCGCGAUGAUCUCACCAUCCACUACGAAUCUCAUAAGCAAGAAAACCUCAAGAGCACCAAAGAGGGCAGGGGAAAGUGGAAGGCCGAGCUGGCUAGUAACAGCGAAGCUGAUGUCAAAGCGGAUCGCGGCGAGGUAGAUAGUGAUAUCACUUUCGAGGAGUUGCAGAAGAAGACGAAACAUGUUGGGAAGCAAUAA